AUGUCCACCGAGCACAUCAUCCCGAAUCCAAGUCCCAAGGAGACAACCGACGGAGAGGAUCUAUACGAAGCCUACGAGAUCGAGCUACAGUCCUCAGUGGGGAAUACGAUCCGCUUCGGGGACCUGAUAGCAGGCAAGGGCUCAAACAUCACGACGCUGGUGAUUUUCAUCCGACACUUCUUCUGUAUCUACGACCAAGACUACGUCCGCACCGUCUCCAACCAUCUCACAGACUCCAUCCUCAACACCCUCCCGGUUACGGCAGGUCCGUCGCAGGUAAUCAUCAUCGGCUGCGGCGACCCCGCGCGCAUCGUGCCCUACGUCGCCGAGACGGCGGCCACACUCCCCGUCUACACCGACCCCACCGGCAAGCUCUACUCCAAGCUGCACAUGAAGCGCAACGUCACGGGCAUCACGCGUCCGCCUUCGUACACGGAGGUCUCGUUUCUCAGGGCCCUCGGCCGUACGCUGAAGCAGAUGUUUCGGACGGGGGGGUUGAUCAGGGCGUUUCGCGGUGGCCCGUGGAAUUUGAAUGGGGGCGAGUGGGUGUUUCGUAAGGGUAGGUGUGUGUUUGUGCAUCGCAUGGAGAGUAUCGGCGAUCAUUUGACGGCGCAGCAGUUGUUGGAGGUUCUGGGGCAGGAGGGUGGGGGGACGGAAUAG